CUCCACACCAGCGGCUCUCUGCCUCUCCACUCCCACUUUGUUUCCAUUUCGCUCCGGUCACCGUGGCCAAGGCGCACCACAUACCAGCCGUACCUGUGCGCACUGCGUCCGCCCCGCGCGGGGAGGGGUUUGGCUGUUUCUCUGUCAUUUCCAGACCCAGAGGAAACAACAGCACGGUCCGGAUUGAAGACGAGGGGGAAACACACUCUCACGGAGAAGAGGAAGACAGCCGCAACUUGGCUGAUUUCAUCCCAGGCGGUCUGAACUGAAGCCGCACCGCGAGAAGUUUUUCCUGGCUGAUCGGUGAAGGAAUAAUUUGGAGCCCGGUUGCCCGCGCAGCGCUGUUGUGGAUAUUUACGUCCACCGAGUCUCCUGUUGGGAAGAAUGGCGAGAGAUUACGCAGAACGCUGCCCCGUCUCACCGGUGAAAGGCACUUGGUUGGUGGCGGCCGCGAUACUUCUCUCAAUCCAAGGUGUCCGGGCUCAGAGAGUGCGAGUGGAAGAGGAGCUGGAGGCGUAUCCCGCCGGCUCCGUCGAUCUCCGCUGCCAGUUCAUCGAUGGAGGAGGACGGACCAAACUCACACAGGUGUCGUGGAUUUGGGAGCCCACCGAGGGCCAGAGGGACAACAUCGCCGUGUUCCACCCCACCUACGGGCAGAGCUUCCCCAACCUGUCCUUCCAGGACCGGGUCCAGUUCCUGCAGGGGACUCUGGAGAACCCGUCCAUCCGCAUCUCCAACCUCAGCAUGUCCGACGCCGGCCGCUACACCUGCGAGUACGCCACCUACCCCUCGGGAAACGAGCAGGGGACCACCAACCUCGUCAUGCUGGCCAAACCCAAGAACUCGGCGAGCGCCGUGACCGUCCAAGCCGGCAACGAGCUGAUGGUCGUGGCCCGGUGCGAGGCGGCGGACGGCAAACCGGCGGCGACCAUCAAGUGGCUGUCGUCGGUCGGCGGCAACGAGACGAGCAGCACGGCGGCCGGGCCGGACGGCACGGUGACGGUCCGCAGCGAGUACCGGCUGGUCCCCACGCCGGCUGACAACAAGAGGGAGGUGACCUGCAUGGUGGAACAGAGGACACAGGCCCAGCCGUGGGUCUUCCCCAUCAAGCUGUCUGUCGAGUACCCCCCCAGUGUGAACAUCGAGGGCUACGACCACAACUGGUACGUCGGCCGGUCGGACGCCGUGCUCACCUGCGUCGCCAACGGCAACCCGACGCCCAACACGGUCACCUGGACGGCGAUGUCCGGCCCCCUGCCCAACACGGUGGUCGUCGACGGCAACAAGCUGACGGUGAGGAAGGUGGACGACGCCGUCAACACCACCUUCGUCUGCGAGGCCAAGAACAGACUCGGGGUCAGCAAGCAUCAGGUCACCACCACCGUCAUCGAGGCCUUGGUGGAUCCGUCCAGCGCCGGCGUCGUGGCGGGCGCCGUCAUCGGCUCCCUCCUGGCUCUGCUGUUGGUCGCCGGCCUCGUCGCCGUGCUCGUCGCCCGCAGCCGCCGGCAGCAGCGGCGUGGCUACCCGGGCAACGGCGACUCCAUGACGACGGGGAGCGGCGGCAGCACCGACGGCGGCGGCGGCGGCGGCGGCGGCGGCGGCGGCGGCGGCGGCGGCUACGGGAACAAAGCCCGCCUGCUCUUCGGCGGCGGCGGCGGCAACAAGAACGGCACCAGCGGCAACAACAACGGGCCCAUGUACACGUACCGGGAGGGCUGCGACGCCACGGGGACGCUCACGGAGAAGGCCAACGACUACCACCACCACCACCACCUCCACCACCCCUCGGGCGGGAACACGCCCACCGCCCACGACAUCCUCCUCCGGGGCGAGCUGGACGAGGCGGAGCGGCGGAAGUUCGAGCUGGACGACAGCAUGGAGGAAGAGGAGCGGUACGACCGGUUCGGAGGGGUCGGGGGAGGCGGCGGCAUGAUGGCGCCGGCCUAUCACGUCCGCCGCGGCCACGGCGACGAGGAGGACAUGGACGUGUACCUCGACGAUGACAUGGAGUCCCAGAGAGACGGCUCGGUCAUCUCCCGGACUGCCAUCUACGUCUGAGUGGAGAGAGACAGAGAGAAAGAGAGGGAGAGAGAGGGAGGGAGAGGGAGGAGGUGAGAGGAGGAGGAGGUGCAAGAGCAGAGAGAGAGAGAGAGAGAGAGAGAGGAGUCCGAAUCCUCCUCCUUCUCCUCCCGCUCCCCUAAAACAUCACCAUCGCCGACAUCCGCUCAACACCUACCUGCUUAACGCGCACCCUGCCUGAGGAGACGCCGUCGCUCAGCUCCUCUCUCCUCCACGCCGACGGUGGGAUUUCGCAAAAACGAGGAUUUAAAAGAGAAAGAGAAGCGAUGGAAACUGGCUGCUGGGAAAACGAGUCGUCGCAUCGAAGUCGACGGCGGGAAAGCGGGGGGGAUCGUGGCGACGCUCCGUGGCUGAGUGUGACUGUGUUGGACUGAAUCACGGGGACAAGCUCAUACUCUGCAUAUCAGCCAGACUAAACAAAAACACAACAACAACAAAACAACAACAUUGUAAAAAGCAAAAAGAAAAUCCAACGGCCACUCAGCCGCCGCUUACUGCUACGUCCUUGUUCCUAAAGCUUUGCAAGUGUGUGAUCAUGUGAUUAUGUGCAUUUUCUACCUGACGAGAAAACGUAAUCCGCAAAGAGCCGCAAGCAACUUCUGUUCUGAUUUAUGUACAGAUACCACUAUUAAAAAAACAAACAAACAAACAAACAAACAAACGCCUUCCUGUGUCCAAAAGCAGACAAUAACCAGGACCUUCAACGUGUUCGACUCGAAAAAAUCGUCAAAUCGGCUUCAGUGGGAGCGCGGAAGCCGGCUCCUUCGCCACGUCUUGAGACUUCACGUGACUUCACGCUGGAAACUUGAAAAAAAAAAAAAAAAAAAAAAAAAAA